AUGAGUAGCUCGGGCAAUGAUACAAAUCCGGACAGCAUUCAGAGUCCCAAUCCACUUGGAGGUUUUGGAAAUGGGGAACGGGCAGUAUGUUCUCCACCCUAUGGUUUUGAAAGGUAUUCUGAGGACGAAACUGAAGUAUCUAUACAGUACCAAGGCAUUACAUCUAUUGGCAGCAACAUCAAGAGACUGGCGAAGCUAGAGAAACUGGAUCUCAGUAAUAACAGGCUAAAGUCUUUGCCUGACGAAAUAGGAGAGCUGAAGAAUCUACAGCAUUUAGAUCUCAGUUAUAAUGAAUUUGAGUCUCUGCCAGCUGUAAUAUGGGAGCUGAAGAAUCUGCGGUACCUGGAUCUUAGUAAUAACAAGCUUGGGAUACUACCAACUGUGAUAAGAAAACUAAAGAAUUUAGAAAUCUUGUAUCUUAGCAAUAACAAACUUGAGUUAUUACCAGCUGAAAUAGUAGAGCUGGAGAAACUGCAAUACCUGUAUCUUGGUGGUAACAGACUAACGUUAUUGCCCGUCGGGAUAGGGGGGCUGAAGAAUCUGCAGUGGUUGCAUCUCAAUUAUAACAAGCUCGAGAUACUGCCAUCUGAGAUAAGAAGACUGGAAAAACUGCAAUAUCUAUAUAUCCGUGGUAACAGACUAACGUUAUUGCCCAUUGAGGUAGGACAGUUGGGAAGUUUACAGGAGUUGGGUCUCAAUGGCAACGAACUUGAAACAUUACCAGUUGAGAUAGGAAAGCUGAAGAAUCUAAGAACAUUGCAUCUUGGUUAUAACAAACUUGAGACACUGCCAGUUGAGAUAGGAAAAUUGCAAGAUUUUUUGCGAUUACUGAAUUUGGCGGGCAAUAACAUUUUAGAGGUUGGAGAUGAAGGAAAGACUCUGGGUAAAAGAGAACUGAGGGAGAUAUUUGGAGGUAAGGUCAAAUUUGAUGGGGAUGUCUUACAAGGACCACAGUGA